AUGUCUGCAGAUGGGACAUCAAACAAGUAUGGUGAUAAAAACACCAAUAUCGUCGAACUAUAUAGCGAGAUGGUCAAGGAUCGCGAACAGUUAACGUACUACAACAGUGGUGUAGGAACGUAUGCUAAGGGACAUACACACUGGAUGAAGCAGGUCUCGAGUGUCUUUGAUCUGGCCUUUGCAUUUAAUAUCAGCCAAACCAUUAUGGACGCCUACAGAUGGGUUUCGGACACGUACCAACCUGGCGAUAAGAUCUUCUUGUUUGGAUUUUCGAGGGGUGCAUAUCAAGUUCGUGCAUUGGCAGGAAUGAUCCACGAAAUGGGACUCAUAUUACCCGGAAACAUAGAGCAGAUCCCCUAUGCCUUCGAGCUUUACUCCGCCAUCAACAGUGGAAAGCUCAAGGAUAAGUUACUUGCGCAAGGAUUCAGAUCGACCUUCUCGAGACAAGGCGUAGUAAUACAUUUCAUCGGUGUAUGGGACACCGUUUCGUCUGUUGGUAUCAGGAAGGAGAAGAUCUUACCGUCCACCGAUACAUGUGAUCACAUUUGCUACUUUCGCCAGGGACUUGCACUAGACGAGCGCAGGGUGAAAUUCCUACCCGAGUAUGUUUAUGGGGGCAUGAGCGAUCGACCGAAAUCCCAGUUCGUGUCACCUCCCAAGGACGAAUAUGGUCUUAAUGAAGAUCUUGCGAAAUAUUAUAUUAAAGAUCAGGUAAAGGAGGUUUGGUUUGCGGGUAGUCAUUCAGAUGUAGGUGGUGGAAAAAGAGAGAAGACGAAUGCGCUUAAUUUCCAAGACAUGCCUUUACUAUGGAUGCGUGAAGAAGCUCUUGAGGCGGGACUUCUGCUCCAUCCUCCCAAGGUAGCUUUUAAAUAUGAAGACUUGGAGGCACCCAAGACGAAUGACUCGUUAACUUUCCGGUGGUGGCUGCUUGAGCUAUUGCCUAUCAGACGUCUUUGCUACAAUAAUUCCGAUCAGCAUACGUCAUUACCGCAUGUUGGAAAAGGUCGCAUAAUCUCACCCGGUCAGAAGGUCCAUGCGUCGGUUCUACUUCGUCCCAAUUAUCGGUCGAAAGCAAGUUUCUGGAGAAAUCUCCAGCAAUGGCCUGAGGCGAUCUACUUUCAUGUUGGCAACGACGAGCACGAGCGGCUGCGGUCAGCACAAGGCCCGCUGGCACAAACCCAGGCCUGGGAAGUUCCUUUCAAACGCUCGACUGCCAAAGCUCUCGUCGGUACGAUUCACAAGAAGCACAUGCUUGAUUACGUCGAUCGCUUGGCCUUCAUGUGUUCAUUUAAACUCGGAGUCGAAGCGGUGCGGGAGGUGAACCCACUUGAGACGCUGGAAGCCAUACUUGGCAUUCACGGCAAAAGUACUGCGAAUAUUGAAUAUGCAGCAGAAGACGAGGGGAUCUCUUUUCCAGCAGAUUCCAAGGAGACCACGAAUAAUGACACAGCAGAAGAAAAACAUGAUCUUGAAGUGCGCCUCAGCGCAGUCGUCGCGUACUGCGGACUCGGUAUGUCUUGUCUCUCCAUUGCUCCCUUGACGAACUCUCAGAAACGCACAGUCGAAAAGAAGGACGACAUCACAGAAAGCAUACUAGCCAAUCUUGAUGUUCCUGCCCUGCUCAAAGAUAAGAAACUAGUGCGUCAAGGCAGAGCCUGUGCAGCUCUUCCGGCUCUUUGCGAAGUCAAAGCACUCAGAAAGAAGCUCCUUAACGACGAUCUAAUUCAUCGAAUCAUCGAGCUCUGUCAGACGGCCGGCGAAAACCGAUUGAUUGCGAUGAAGACACUGUCAUACCUUGCCCAACGCUUUGGUGAAACAUCUGACAUCCUUUCCCGACGAUCUGAUUUUAUCAAAGAAAUCCUUGCUAUAUUGAAAGAUAAAUCCGCAACCGUUGUCGUUGCUGCGUUAAAGAUCUUAGCAGCUGUGAUCAGCAAAGAGAACAUCCCGAAGGCGAAGGAUAUCUUAUCUGAAAUCAGACAAAUAGAAAUCGUCAAAAUGCUCAAGAGGUUGAUAAGGCGUCGUGAUUUCUUUGUCACCCCAGCUGCAGUAGCUGCAUUAUGCGAGAUUUGCAAAAAUGGUUCAAGUACUCUUCUCAUUCUUGUAAUCAAUGCUGACACUCUUCCGAACAUAGAUGAACUUCGUGCGGAGGCUAUACGCAACGAUAUCCUCGUCACAUUGAUUGACCUGUUCGAGUUCGAUAAGCAAGGUUUGAGCGGUGGACCGCGUGGCUUAAUGACACUCGCUGAAUCCGAGGACGUGCGCACCAAGCUCGCAAGUGGUUCGCACAUCGGCAAACUAGUUGCGUUUUCGAGAGAUAAAGUAGUGGAAAAGAGCAAAGAGGCGACCGAGGAGCUCACACAGCUAUCAAAACAUGAUGUACUCCGCAAACAAAUCAUUGAUAGCGGGGGCCUGGACAGCAUAGUCGAUAAUUUGGCAAAACCAGACCAUGCGUUAUUUGCUGCGGAUGCGCUUGUGACUCUCAUGAAAUACGACGACGCCAAGGAACGGAUACUGGGCACCAAAGUGGACCUGUAUUUGCUGCAGAUGAUCGAGGGACGCAUCUUUGACGGAACGGUCGGGAGGGAGGGCAUAGAUAUCCUUGCGGAGAUAUUCAAAAAUGAUGACUUGCGAUCCAUGAUGUUAAACCCAAAGAAUCCACCGUCACUCGAUAACGGUUCUUGGAAUUUCAGCGGCAAGGAUGCACGCCAACGGCUACUCAAGAAUGCGACAAACUACGUAUGGGAGAAGACAAUACACAGACUAGUCAAAAAGCCGGCGAUGGAUGAUUCCGAAAGGCCUAAAUACCCAACAAACAUUAUUGGGAUUUUGCACAAGAUGAUCGAAACAACUCGGAAUAGCGCUAUCAACUACCUGCGCAUUAUCGCUGAUCACGAGGACGCAUGCCAGGCGAUGGUUGGCGUCGGAAUCAUAGAACCUCUUUUGUGGUGUCUUAAAGCCACAGAUGUGGACAUUCUGGCUCUCAAUGAUAUCUUAGAAAAGAUUGCGCGUCACGAGUCGUUACGUGGUGAAAUCAUCAAGAAUGACACGAUACUGGCUGAAAUGCUCAGUAGUCAUUAUCCUGUCGAGGCUCUCCGCAUGACUGCCACAUUGGAAUCUUUAUCAUCUCACGGAGAGAUACGCCAGAAAGUUCAGGGGAUGGAUGAGUACAAAGACCUGAAGAAAGAUGCACUGCACUACUUAGAUCCGCAUCACCACCCCCACGAUCAUGAUCUGUAUACCUCUGCAUCCCAGGCCAUCAAAUCGAUUAUCGGGGUAUUCGACGCGUAUGACAGAACAACGCAUCAAACCGAUCCUCCCCACUCCUACUUAGAUCCAUAUGACUACCCUUACGAAAUCUAUCAGUAUAUGAUCUGA